AUAGCUAGACUCAAGCUUUAUGUUAUUACUUCUGCGAUUUGAGAACGAUUUGCACCUGAAAAUUGGGAGACUUUUACCUUGAUUUACAUUCCAUAAUAUUCAGCAUGGGAUCAUCUAAGAAACACAAGGAAAAGGACAAAGAUCGAGAAAGGAGACACAAACAUAAAGAUCGUGAUAAGGACCGAGAUAAAGAGCGAAAACAUCGGAGUAAACAUAGACACAGGGAUCGUCAUGCCGAGAAAGACGUGGAAGCCGGGGAAGUUUCUUCUCCGGAACAGAGAAGCGAUCGGAAACGUCGAAGAAGUCCAAGUCCACUCCAAAUAAAAAUUGAGAAUGACGAUGGAAUUCAAGAUAAUGAGAGGCAAGAUGCUGCACCUAGUGGUGGUGAUGAAGGAGGGUUUGCUGCUAGUCUCAGUAUUGAAGCAACAAACAAACUUCGAGCCAAACUAGGCCUGGCUCCGUUGAAUGUUGAUGGUGAAGGAAGUGGAGAGCCAGGAGAGAUUGUGGAAGAGAAGAAAGAUGUUCACAAGCCUGCAGUUAACAUUUCUGAUCUCAAGAAGACAGCAGCUCUCAAAGAAAAGAUGGCUCAGAUUCGUGAGAAGAGACUCAUCAACAAGAAAUUACACAAAGUCAAGGUCCUGGCUGAUGAUGACGACGAUGAUGAUGCUGCAGCUUGGGUUGAGAGGAUGAGGAAGAAACAGAUUGCUAAAGCUGAAGCAGACAAAAUGGCAAAGAUGCUAGAGGAGAUGGAUGCAGAAUUUGGUAUUGGAAAAAUUGUUGAGGAUGAGUUCAGCAAGACAAAAGAGCAAGCAUAUUCUAGGAGAAACUUGGAUGGAUUUAAAAUUGAACAUUCUACAAAGAAUUUUCAAGAAGGACAAAGUGUUAUCCUAACACUCAAAGAUAUGGAUGGCCUGCAAGAAGAAGAGGAUGUCCUAGUGAAUGUUAACAUGAUUGAUAAUGAGAGAGCUAAGAAGAAUGUAGAGCUGAGGAAGAAGAGACCAGAUUACAAGGCAUAUCAAGAAGAUGACUUUGAUGAAGAAGGAACGUUCCAUCAGAAGAAGCUUCUUGGCAAGUACGAUGAAGAGAUCGAAGGAGAGCAGAAGAAAUCCUUUCGUCUCAACCAAGCAGGAACAGCUCACAUGGAUGAAGCAGAUCACAUGCAGAGUAUCCGCAACCAGCUGAAGCAACAGGCAGUGAGUCUGGAUAUGAAAGCACCUGCCAUAGCAUCAGAGUAUUACACAGUAGCUGAGGUGGAAACCUUCAAGAAACCCAAGAAGAAGAGGCGGAAAAUGAAAGUUAAGUCGAUACUAGAUGAGUUGACUCCUGAAGCUGAUGCAGGCAGAGAUCACGGGCAAAGAGGAGGGAUUAGGAGAAGACAUAGAGAAGAAGAAGAGGAUGAUUCCGAAACACCGGUGGUACGAAAGGUAGAACGAAGGGUACCUCAACAGGAUGCUAUGGAUAUGGAAGUAGACUUCCCUGAUGCUGAUCAAAUACCCAUUGAGUUUGGCCGAGAGAGGGAUGACAAUGAUGAUAUCUGGGGUCAGGUCAUAGAAGAUGAAGCAGAGAAAGAGUUACAUAAUGUUCUCAACAAAGCCAGGAAACUUAAACAGAAGAGCAAGAGCAGUCAACGGGUCGAAGAUCAGGUUGCUAAAGUUGUUGCUAGUAUUAAAGAAGAGCCUGAGGAUGAUGAGGAAGCAGCAGCAUCGGCCUCAAAUAAAGGAUCAAAUAUCGUCUUCAACUCAACGUCAGAAUUCUGUAGAACCCUGGGUGACAUUCCUUCAUAUGGGAAGUCUGGUCUUCGUGACGAAGAAGAAGAAACCUUGGCAGACAAUGAGAAAGAGGAUGAAGAGGAAGAAGCAAUGGAAGAUGAAGACGAAGAAGAAGCAGCCGGAGCCUGGAAUACAGUCAACAUGGAUGAUAGAGAAGAGAUCAAGCAAGAAGAGGAGGAGCUUGGCCCGGUUCUUGAUGAUGAACCACCGCUUCAAGUGGGUAUCGCUGGAGCAUUGACACUAGCAACCAAGAAGGGUUACCUGAUCAAAGAGAAAAAGAAAAAGACAGGAGACUCGCUCAUACUUACCUCCAAGAAUUGCACAAUAGAGGAGAAGAACUUCAAUGACAUUGAUUCCAAGUACAAUAAGAAUGACCGGUUUAGAGGACCACUCAUGGAUUUCAAAGAGAAGUCUGGUUAUAAACCAGAAGUCAAGAUCACCUACACUGAUGAGACUGGCAGGUCUCUUAAUCAGAAAGAGGCUUUCAGAGUGCUAUCACAUCGUUUCCAUGGUAAGGGAUCCGGCAAAAUGAAGACAGAAAAAAGAGCGAAGAAAGUCCUGGAAGAAGAGGCUAUGAAGAAGAUGUCAUCCACGGACACGCCCCUCCACACGGUUGCUAGGAUGCAAGAGAAACAGAAGAACCUCCAAUCAGCGCACAUUGUACUCAGUGGAGGAAGCAAGACAAUGACUGCCCACAGCAUCACCAAGUGAUUGAAUGCCAAUGACAUCACUCAAUCUAUGCGGACCAUUAGGAAACAAUGAUGACCCCUUCUAAUCUACUACUCUACAGUUAACAAAGAAAAUGGGUUGGGGAGAACGUUCUUGAUAUUCUGCAAAUAUCAUCAUAAUUGAGAUACAUUGAUUUUUAUUGAAGUAAUUAUCUCACUAUCAAGGCAAAGUUAAAUCAUUUGUCAGAUUUGUCUAAAAUCGAUCACAUCUAGGUGACAAUGUAUGAGCCUUGUCACUGAAUAAAAUACACAAAACUGCAUAAUGAAACUCUUUCAAUUAUUUCUUACUGUUUACAUUCAAUCAAAUUUGGGAACACAUAAGAAGAAACAUGUCAUGUGUGAUAUCUAUUUGGGCUUAUGUGAUGGUACUUAUAUUAAAGCGGAUCUAUCCCCUGAAAACUAAUUUGUGUACAACUUGUAUGUAUACGAACGAACCCCCAGUCUUUACAUAGCAUUCUGUUGUUAUGGGGUAUACAAAUUCUGCACAGCAAACCCACGUUGGGAUUCGGGUUCCGUUUGCUUGCUCAUGUAAAUGUGUCAAGGUUGCUGUACCUCCAUUAGAGAAUAUUUAAACAUGUAGCGUUUAUUUAUUUCAAGCUAAAUAUAGUAUUUUGUGAUGAAAUUGAGAGACAUUCAGAGCAAUAUAUUGUAUGGUUACUGAAAACCUGAAACUUUCAUUCAUUUUUUAUUUCUGCUUCAGAAAAUGAGUGUAGUGCUUGAGUGAGCAAAAAUGUGACAAAUAGACCUCGCCAGUCACAAGUUUGAAAAGUGCCAUGACGUUUCUUUUUUAUUUUCAUAUUAUGGAUUAUCUCUGAAGAGCUAAACAACCUUUAACCCAUGAUACCCCCAAGUUAUAUGACUUUUAAGUAAUUUUUUUUGUUUUUAUCAAGAGAUUAAUUUAUGACCAAAAGUAUGAAAUAUUAAUUUUUAGAAUCAAUGUUUAGAAAUUACAAGCAUGUGAAAUCUUUGCCCUGUCGUAACUCCCUUUAAAUAAUAUGCGUAAACAAUCAGGACUCAUUCUCAAAUAUGAUGAAUAAAGAUUUGUACAAACUA